AUGCCUCACGUAGUAGAAACAUCGUUCCGGACCCUUGAGGUUGCCAUCAUCGGAUCCGGCAUUGGGGGUCUGUCAGCAGCGUUGGCCCUGCGGAGAGCUGGCCACAAGGUCCGGCUCUACGAGCGAUACGACUUCGCCGGCGAGGUCGGCGCCUCUCUCUCGGUGGCGUCGAAUGGCUCGAGAUGGCUCAUCAAGUGGGAUCUCGAUAUGGAGGCUGUGAAGCCAGUCAUCCUCAAGAAGUUGGUGAUGCAUGACUGGGAGACGGGGAAGGUAGCCAAUGAAUACGGUCUUGGGGAUUACAAGGCCCGGUUCGGGACGCAUUAUUACAACUUCCACCGGAUAGACAUGCACCAGGCUCUUAUCAAGACUGUCCAGCAAGAAGAAGGAGAGGGAUCGCCUUGCGAGAUCAUCACGAACCAUCUUGCAACAGACGUCGACACGGCCACUGGCACGAUCACCUUUGAGAAUGGGAACAAGGCGCAUGCAGACCUAGUCAUCGGAGCAGAUGGAAUUCGCUCCAGAAUACGAGGGGCCAUCGGCAUCACACCCAAAGUCGAGGGAUCAACCUCAUGCUGCUACCGCUGCAUCAUCUCAGCCGACAAACUACGCGAGCUCGGCCUCGACGAGUUCCUCACCAACGAAGCCAUCGAAUUCUGGGGCGGCUUCGGGAUCAACAAGAUCGUCAUGUCGGCGUGCCACGCCGGCGACGUGAUAUCGUGCUACUGCUUCUACCCGACCGCGCACAACGGGCUCGACAAGGACGGCUGGAACAUCGGCGCCACGCCCGAGGAGCUGAUCGAGACGUUCCCCGGGCUCGACGCGCGCGUCAAGCUUCUCUUCAAGCACGCGCGCGACAUCAAGAUGUGGCGCUUGUACGUUCACGACGAGUACCCCUACUGGACACGGGGCGUCGUGGGGCUCAUGGGCGACGCUGCGCACCCGUCGCUGCCGGAUCAGAGCCAGGGGUUCUGCAUGGCGAUCGAGGACGCGGCGGCGCUGAGCCUGGCCUUCUCGGAGGAGUACUUUAAAGGGGAUGUGGAGAGGGGGCUGAAGCUGUACGAGCGCGUGCGCAAGGAGCGGGCGACGCGGGUGCAGACUGCGAGCGCGAAGGCGCGGACGGAUCUUAAUGAGCGUAUAGGCUGGAGCACGGGCACGGAGAGGCCCGGCAAGUUGACGAUUGAGGAGGUUUGUGGUUAUGAUAUGUAUGUGCACAUCCGCGACGUGGCUGCGUCGAUGGAGUCGUAG